CCAUAGUCAAACGUUAUCGGAAAUGUAUACGGGUCUGCUGCUUUCGCUCUCCGUGGCAUGGAUAUUGCUUCCGCUGCUCGUAGAUGGCCACAAUGAAUGGUAUGACAGGAUCUACGAACCAUUAUCGGUAGAAUUCAGAACGUCGGAUCCAUCGAAAUUGGAGGCUGAGCCAAGGAUUGGAUAUAUAAGACGAAAGGGCACUACUUUUAUGGGCAAAAUGAUAGUAAAAGUCGAUAUGGACGAUACGCUUAUGGUGGAGGCAACAUCUUACCGCAGCGUAAACGGGAAAGAUUACACGCUUUUGCCCUUCGAAAUUCCGAAGCAGGGAUUUAAAAGCUUUGCCGAAACCUUUUACAAGGACAAUGUCUACAAGGAGCUGAAGCAGUGCUCGAAUAUACCCGAACCCGAGAAAGCAUACCCCUGGCCCAAAGGCACCUACAUUUUCGAUAAGUGCAUUCCGACUGGCGAUGGAUGGCCCAAACCUCUAAGCCCGGCCUACUACAAGAUCAACUUCAACAUCACCGGACAGGUCGAGGCUGACUUAUCAGUUAUUAUAGUGCUGAGAGAUAUGGAUGGUAGAUUGUAAGCCCAAAGACAACCGACGAGUCAUGGCAUAAAAAAAAACAAUAUUGAGUACUUCUUUAUGAACAGUAAUCAAAAGAAUUAGGUUAGUUUUAACAGUAUAUAUCCGUAUCUAUUCGAGUGGUUCCAAGAAAACAUAA